UUUGUGAUAAUAUGUGUUGGAGUAAUAGAUGUGGUUAAACACAUUAAUAAAAAGGUUGAAUUUUGGAAUGAAGAUUCUUGGGGUUAUGGAGGACAAAAAGCUCCAUGCAAUGUUCUUAAAGAUGACAAGCGAAAGGAAUUACCGGAUUCAAAAUCAGACACAUAUAAUGCAAGCAAAUUUUUUGAUGUGAAAGCAGAAAUGACUAAGCUAAAUAAAAGGAAAGUCGGUGCAGACGACAGUCGCUUGAUAGAGCUUAUACGAGACUAUUAUCUCGUAGCGCCGUCCAACAAACCGUAUUCUCUGGAUCACCCUGAUUCCUUGGAUAAUUCAAGAGGUCAAGCACCUAUAAUAGACAACAUGCUGAAAUACAAGGAGAAUGGUUUUUACGUUGAAAGUGGUGCUUAUGAUGGAGAGAUUUUGUCGAACACGUUGUUGUUUGAGCGCAUGAGGAACUGGAAUGGAGUUCUCGUGGAGCCAAAUCCUGAUGUAUUCAAAAAGCUAAUUAAGAAGAAUAGAAAUGCAUAUGCGAUAAACGCUUGUCUUAGCACAGAACCGUACCCAACAAAGAAAGUGCUUACAGGUACAUCAUUGCAAGCAAAGGUUCUUUCACAAAAGUCGUCGAAAAAACGUAAACAGAAGAAACAACAAAAAUUAGUUCAGUGUUUUCCUUUGUACUCUAUACUUCUUGCAUUGAAUCAGACUUCAGUUGAUUAUUUUAGCUUAGACGUGGAGGGAGACGAAAAAGGCGUUCUAGGAACUAUUCCCUGGCAAAAGGUCAAGAUAGAUAUGUUGUCGGUAGAGUAUGACAAAUGGCAAGGCGGUGUACGCCAGUUGUGCAAAUAUAUGUUUACUAAAGGAUACGAUUGUUUAGUGACUUUGUCUGGAUAUUUAGUAACAGAUGUAAUUCUAAAAAAGAAAACACCUCGUGUAAGAACUCGCACUGCGGCUGCUAAUGAAAUAUCAUGAAACGCUUCGUAUUCAUUUAUGUUUCCAUUUACAAUACAUAUAAUGUUGACGAUGUUUAGAUAAUGAAACUAAAUGUAAACAAAAUAACAUUUCUUUUAUGAGUAUGUA